UCCACACCAGCACUGAGCACAGCAACAUCAGUCGCUCUAAAACCCUGAUAUGGCAACAAAAAUAAUCUACUUCACAGUGAAUGGGAGACCAGAACAAGCUGAGUUCCCAGUGGACUGCCCUGUCCAGGACGUCAAAGACCUGUUCCGCUCUGCAGCUGAGGCAGGACCCCACGAUAUCCUGAAACUUUACAACCCCAAAGGCAACAUCAUCAACAUCUCCCCCAACCUGGAGUCCAACAGUCCAAAUUCCUGCUACAAGCUGGAGGUGGUGGCUGCUGACUGCAACAGUGAGCCGUUAGAUGUGGAGCUUGCUGUGGCACUAGGAUUUGAUCUGUCGUCCAUGGAGAAAAGAUUGCAGAGCUUAGAGAGGAAGAUCCUAUUUGAGACAGGGGAAACUCCUGCUGUUGUGUUUGAGCUGAAGAAACAGGUGGAUUCGUUCCGGGAGAAGCUAGAGAGUGUGGAGCAUCUGAGUUGGUUGGGUCUGUUCAAGGAGCUGGACGGCACACAUAAGCCCUCCCCCUUCUACCACAAGAGAACCCUGCGUAAAACCAGGGAGGAGUGCGAACAUGUGCGGGAAAAGUUCCUCCAAAUGAGCUCCCUGGAGGUAUCAGAGGAAGUGAGACAGUACCUGAAGACCCCAACUUUUGACAACUGGCAGUGGGAGGAUGCAGAGAUCAUGGUGCUCCUACAAGUCAUGUACACAGACUUGGAUUUCAUAGCUGCCUUCAACAUUGAGCCAGAGGUACUGCAAGAGUUCCUGUUUGAAGUCUACCGUCACUACAACAACAUCCCGUUCCACAACUUCAAGCACUGCUUCUGUGUCACCCAGAUGAUGUAUGGUCUAAUCUGGCUGACGGACUUGAGGAGCAAAUUAGACAGCAUCGACCUGCUGACCAUGUUGACCUCUGCAGUUUGCCAUGACCUUGACCACACAGGGUACAACAAUGCAUAUCAGAUAAAUGCUCGGACUGAACUUGCUCUUCGCUACAAUGACAUCUCUCCACUGGAGAACCACCACUGUGCUGUAGCUUUUGAGAUCCUGGAGAAGACAGAAAGCAACAUCUUUAGAAAUCUGACCAUGGAGCAGUACAAACGGAUAAGGGAGGGAAUUAUCAAAUGCAUCCUGGCCACUGAUAUGACAAGGCACAAUGAGAUCCUCAAUAAGUUCAAGUCCAUCCUCCCUGUUUAUGACUUCAGCAACAAGGACCACAGAGAGGUGCUAAUGAUGAUCUUGAUCAAAGUGAGUGACAUCUCCAAUGAAGCGCGGCCUAUGGAGGUGGCUGAGCCCUGGUUGGACUGCCUUCUGGAGGAGUUCUACAACCAGAGUGACAUGGAGAAGUUAGAGGGGCUUCCAGUCACCCCUUUCAUGGACCGGGACAAAGUGACCAAGCCUUCAUCUCAAACAGGCUUCAUCCGAUUCGUUCUCUUCCCCCUCUUCAUUGAGCUGGCCAACCUCUUCCCCUGCCUGGAGCAACACAUCAUUGACCCAGUGCGGAAGGCUCUCGACUACUACACAGAGAUGGAAAAGGCACUUGAGAGAGAGAAACAGAACCGAAGCCAAAGUGAGAAGACAGCCAAGAGCAAAGAGACGCCUCUUGGCACACAGGACACAACCGACAACCAAUCAGAGGCUGGGCCUGAUGCCUCUAAAGCAUCCUAACAGUAAACUAUGGUGGCAGGUGUAGUAAUGAACCAAACUGAAUAUACUUAUGAACUGCAACAACCAGAACUAUGUGAGAUUAACAUAUUGUAGCGUGCCUCUGGAGAUUGUGUAAAUUUGUAUUUAUUUCUUGUGUUCUAUUUGUACUUUUCCAUGUUUGU